CCAAAAUGAAAAACAGAGAAAUCUACCGUCUCUUCAAACCAAACCCAGAACCCCGUCCGACGUUUUCCGGUGUAGCUAAGAACGAGAGAGAGAGAGAGAUGCGGAGGAUCAAUUCUCUCUACGGACGAAUUGGGCUGCUUAGGAGAGUAUCCGAAAGAUCUACGAAGCAGUCUCAUACAUUUCUCGCUUCUCUCUCUUUCUCUACGGCCGGUGGUUAUGGCGGUGACAGUGAGUUUCAGCAGAACAGCUCCAAAGUCAAGAUCUUUGAUCGAGACCUCAAGCGAAUACAUCGUGAUCGAGCAGCGUGGCUGUCCUCUCGCCAGGAAAAGGAUUCCUUUUUCGACGCUGUUGCAGACAAUCUACUUGACCGCUUAGAGGAUUGUAAGAAGACUUUUCCCACUGCAUUUUGUUUGGGAGGAUCUCUUGGUGCUGUUAAGCGGUUAAUACGUGGCCGCGGUGGGAUUGAAAAGCUUAUCAUGAUGGAUACCUCAUAUGACAUGAUUAAAUCAUGUAGAGAUGCUCAAGAGGAUUCACUCGAUAAAACCAUUGAAAUGUCGUAUUUGGUUGGUGAUGAAGAGUUUCUGCCAAUCAAAGAAAGUUCGGUUGAUUUGAUAAUAAGUUCGUUGGGGCUUCACUGGACAAAUGAUCUUCCAGGAUCCAUGAUCCAGUGCAAACUAGCGCUGAAGCCUGAUGGCCUAUUUUUAGCAGCAAUUCUUGGCGGAGAAACCUUAAAGGAGCUGAGAAUAGCAUGCACUUUGGCUCACAUGGAGCGUGAAGGAGGUAUUAGUCCCCGGCUGUCGCCUUUAGCACAGGUUAGGGACGCAGGGAAUCUCUUGACCAGGGCGGGUUUUAGUCUUCCUGGUGUUGACGUCGAUGAAUACGUAGUUAAAUACAAGAGUGCGUUGGAUCUUAUAGAGCAUCUUCGUGCAAUGGGUGAAACCAAUGCUCUUCUCCAGAGAAACAAGAUAUUGAAUCGUGAAACUGCUCUUGCCACUGCAGCCAUAUAUGACUCAAUGUUUGCUACAGAGGAUGGCACUAUACCUGCUACAUUUCAGGUGAUUUACAUGACAGGAUGGAGAGAACAUUCGUCUCACCAGCAGGCGAAGCGAAGAGGUUCAGCCACGGUAUCCUUCAGGGAUCUCCAUAAGCAAUUUGGCGGUCAAUCUUGAUAGAUGGGCUAAAAGAGAAAGGCACGUUUCAAUAAACAGAGACUUUACAAAUGAGACUGAGAGAAAUCAGUGACUUAAGAGGAGAACUCUUGUAGAUUUGUCAGAUGAGAGAUCGCAAUUAUAAAGAUUGCUUUCGCAGCUUCGCUCAUGUAUUUUCGUAUCGAAUAAUAAUGUAAUAGCUGAUCAGAUUACAUAUGUUUGUAUCCUACAAAAAUAUUUUGAAUACCAAAGUUCAAAUCUUCAA